AUUCUGGCGCAAAUGCGGCUGCGGUGUUUUUAAUCUUUUCUCGCACGCUUUACCGAAAUUGCGCGCGCUUAUUUUUGGUAAACGCUCGGCCACGAAGGCAGAGGAGCCCGUUAAGAGUCUCUGAUUUACUCCUUUCCCUUGAUCGGUUGAAAAACCGCGCUCCCCGGCAUCUCAAAGGCGCAUCAGGAGCACGAAGUGAGAACGUCCACUAAGGUUGAAAGUUUUCAAGUCAAGGUGGUAUAUACACUGCCCUGUAAACCCCAAGUGCCUGUAGUUCAGGUAAGGGGAUGUGCCUCGCUCCGGAUGCUGUCAUGCCAACUGCUUGGAAAUAUUGAUACAUAAAGACAAGAAAAGCAACAUUUCAAAGUGGUCUGCUUGCUCGGUUGGAACUGGAGAACUAAGGCUCUGGAACUGCGCUGGUUUCUUGGAGACUCACUCGUCUCUUUCAGAACGGGAGCAGGCAACAAAUGUAUUUUUGUAGUCUUUGUGCCUACUCCACAUGCGGUAAGGCUCAUCUAGCAAUUCAUGCCUACCAUGAGCAUCGUGAUGUACAGCCCGUACCAUGGCAUUCAAAAGAUAGCAUUUUGCCGCAGCCUUCCCAAUCGGAGACAAAAUAUUUGGUCAGACCGAAGGAGUACAUAUGUGGACUUUGUAAACAACAGUGCCGUUUUAGAUGCCUCACUACUGUAAUGUUCCGUGGACACCUUGAAGAGCACCAUUGUGGCUCUGUGGCAUAUGAUUGCCAUCUGUGUUUGACUAGAGCUAGCUCCCCGGGUGUUCUGUUAGAGCACUACAGGUGUGAUCAUGCCUAUUUUAACGUGCACUGCCUGUACUGUGACUUCGGUAAAGAAGAUGACUGGGUCGUCAUGCGGCACAUCAUGGAAAAGCACCCAGACAAGCCAUUUCGGCUGCUGCUUAGAAACGGAGACUCAGCUGCUGUCAUCCAAGAGCUGCGAAAGUUAGUUGAAGAAUACCUGUCUAGAGACCCUGUGCCACAGCCAUUCCUGUCUGGGUCAUCGCAGGUUGAACCAUGCACUCCGUCAAUGCAGCAGACUGCAGACAUCAGCAGGAAGAGCAACAACAAGCCGACAACAAAUUUGCAACAACUUUGUACAACAGAGUUGGUGCCAUUGAAAGAAACAGAAAACAUACUUCACAAUAACAGUGAAAAUAAACAGCGAACUGUUGAGACAGCUCGCGAAAGUAUUGAAGUAGAACCUAGGCAUCAAGCUGUGCCCUUGCCGCAGUUAUUGACACGCACAUUAUUUCAACUUGACGCAUGUUCAUAUGAAGCAACAGAACUGAGAUCGCAAGCCAUCGGUGAUGCAACAUUGCAAGAAAAAAAUGCAGAAUGUGGUAAUACAGGUUGCAAAAUCAGUAAAAACCGGGACACUGUUCAAUCACAUGUGGGAAGAGCUGAAAGUACAGGAAGUGAACUUUCAUCAUUGUUUGAUCAUACACAAUGCAAAACAGUGCCUGAAAGUGAGGAAGUAAUAUCCACGCUUCAGUGCGACGUUGAAAUGGAAGUGGGACACGCUGAGAGUGCCGAAUGUGAAAGGGAGCCUGAAAAUGACCAAAGGACACCCACUAUUAAAAGCACUGUUGAAAUGGAUACACCAUAUUCGCAUGUACAAAAUAAAGCAACACCUUAUAAUGACAGUUUGACAGCCACAUUCAAGGACACAUCUUUUCCUGGUAGACAGCAAUUCUAUUGCAACAUACAAAACUGCACCACGGAAUUCAAUGAUGUGUUUGACUUUAUGAACCAUCUUACUGAUAGUCAUCCCCCUCAGUCAUUCCUUCACUGCCCGAAGUGUGGCACCGUUAUUUCUCCUGUAGAUCUUCUUGGACACAUUGUUGAGAGGCACAGUGGGGUCAUAUUUUGUCCUUAUGAUGACUGCUCAUUUGGAAGCCAAAAUCAGUGGGACGUUGAUGAACACAUUAUUCAAGCCCAUCAAAUCUACCAGGCGGAGCGGGCAAAAGCUGACGAAGCUGUAGCAGCUACAGAAGCUGCACUUUGUUCUUCAGCUGUUUCACCCUCUGCAAGUUAUGCUGAGGAGGGUAGCAAAGAUGGUGUUGAUAUUGCCAAUGUCUUGUGCUAUGAAAAUGAUGAGGCUGAUAAGCAGUGUGAAGAAGGUCAAACAGAAACUGCACAAGACCUCACUGCAAGAUAUCUUUGUGGCACUUGUCUUAUACAGUGGGACACAACACUUUCCUAUCUUCAUCACAUGGCUACUGUACACUCCGUUGCAUUCUUCUGUGGACAUUGCUUGAAAUCGUACAAGAAGUCAAGGAGUCUGCUUGUGCAUGCUGGUUAUUAUCAUCUUGGGCAGCCAUUUUCGGUGUGGAAAUUCGAGGAUGGAAAAAUAGUUGAAGUUGGCAAGCUUGUUGCACCAUCAUGGGUUCAUGAAGCUCAGUGUUAUCUCAAGCUGACCUGUCGUGCAAGGCUUCAAGCAAACGGUAAAACCAUGAUAAAAAAUCUCAAAACUGCAAUCGAUUAUGUGACCUCUGCUGUUCUCUCCAAUGAAGUGGAGCAGCAACAACGAAACACAACAUCCUCUAUAACAGAUGACCUAAGUACAUCUACAACUCCAGAGACUCGCAUACGGUGUACAGAACCUAUGGUAGACAACUUGCAUACAAGAGUCACUGGUAGCCACUCUUUUCAAGGCAAGGCAUUGCGUGAACCUCCGUCAGCAUUGGACAGUCUUGGUGACAAUGACAUUGAUCGAUCCUUGGAGGAUUCCAUCCAUUCAGGAGUUCUGUCUUGUGUGCCAAAUGACUUUGACGUCAUGUCCUCUAUAGCACAGCUUUUAAAAUGCUUACCAACAAAAACACCCUUUCGCACGAAGCCUCAGCGGAGCGUGAAUGGUAAAGUUCACAUGAACAUACUGUCGUCAGUGUACAUUGACGCUUCCUCUUGCAAAAAAGUUAAUGGAAAGAUUGUAGUUGAGGAAGAAGUUCUCCAGAAUUUGGCUAGUCUGAACACCACGCAUGUACACAAGAAAAAUGUUGGCAGUGGCCCUGAUUCUUUUCUACUUGGAGCACAUGCACGGUCGCAUGUGUGCUCUGUUUGCCUGAUCUCCUUUGGUACUUUUGAAGAUCUCUGCAAGCACUUUGCAGAAAUGCACGAGAACUCUUUCAGGAACAUUGACAGUGCCAGCACUUUAGUAAGUUUGCAAGGUGACUGGAAACUGCAAGGAUUUACAUCUAUUUCCAACACCAUCAGAAAUGUCAAGUUUAGUUCCAGUGGUGAUGCACAGAUCGAGCGCUCAAACAGGAAGAUAGCAUUGCAUUUCAAGCAGAUGAAAUCAAGGUAUUUUAAAGCCUCAGCCAUCACUGACAACAUCUUCAUCCGAGUAGAUGGUGCACGAGUGCCAUAUAGCCAGUUCGCAAGUGUUACAAAUUUGAACCCUGUUGUUCAAUUGGUCAAACUGCCAGUCAUGAAACAAGAGCCACCAUGAACUGCUUUGUCAUGCGUGUAAUUUCACAAUUUGGACUCAUUUUCUGUUGUUGUUUGUGAAGUGUUGGUGCACCAAUCAUUUUAUUAUGAUGCAAGAAUUGUUCUAAGCAGAUUUUAUCUUGAGAGCUUUGUAGGUUGAUGCACGCAUGUUCUAUUUAUAUGUCAUAGUCAUAUGGAUAUUACCUUUCACGGAAAACAGGAUUUUAAGCAAAGUUCUGUUGAUAUUAUUUGUUUGCAUUUGCUUUGUUUUUCAAGUGCAAAGCUUUGUUGUGUUACAUUAGAACAGAUGUUUUUAUUAAUUUAUGCAUUUGUAACUGAAUAAAUUGCUACAGCUUUCUAUAAAUGAUGCUUCAAUAUUAUAGCUCUAGCAUAGACUUUUGACGACCACAGGUUAUCCUCAGAAAUUCAACCAGUUUUAACAUCUGCAGUUUUACAUCAGAAAAGUCCUUUUUUGUACAAUGGUUCUGCAUAUGCAUGGCAAAUGUGGCAUAUGCUUUAUUGCUUUGUGUGCAUAGUUAUGCAGAUGUGUGCGUGGUUAGAUGGAACACUUAGUAGGCAUGCACUUGUGUAUGCUUAUGGAUUCUGUUUUUCAUUGUGUCCUACCAAGGUGGUGUGAAAUGAAUAAACAGCGCAAAUAACAGGA